AUUUGUGCGUAAUCCACACAAAACAUGAGGUUAUCUGUCAUAUGUUUGUAGUUGCAGGUAGUAGUAGAACAUUUUAGUAUAUAUAAGUAUAUUUAUAUAAUUAAGCAAAGCUAAAUAUAUAAAUUGAAACCAUGGAUGUUGCCACAGAAUCACCUGUGAGUGAUUCAAAAAUGGCAUCAUCGCCUGUGGCCAGCAACAGAUCCAGGAGUGGAUCCCCAGCCAGGUCAAGAUCACAUUCAGUAUCCCCUAAUCGAAAUGGCAAUGCUUCACCCAGAUCCAGGGGCGAUUCUCGUUCCCGAUCCGGUUCCCGUUCAAAAUCUAGAUCCAGAUCGAAGAGUGGGUCCCGUUCACGUUCUCAGUCUGCAGCAAGCAGAAGGUCACGUUCUCGGUCCAGGUCUGGUUCGAGGAAGAAUUCACGCUCAAGGUCUAGAUCGGGCUCUAGGAAAGCAUCAAAAUCACGCUCCAGAUCCAGGUCUCAUUCUGGUUCGAGAAAUGGCUCUCGUUCGAGAUCCAGGUCCGGUUCAAGGAAAGGAUCGCGAUCGAGGUCCAGAUCAGGUUCUCGCAAAGCCUCUAGAUCAAGAUCACGUUCCGGCUCGAGGAAAGCUUCUAGAUCGAGAUCCAGAUCUGGAUCACGCAAAGGUUCCAGAUCUCGUUCAAGAUCAGGCUCACCUAAAGCCUCAAGAUCAGGAUCGGGUUCACGUAAAGGCUCAAGAUCGGGAUCUCGUAAAGCAUCCAGAUCAAGAUCCAGGUCAGGUUCACGCAAACUCUCGAGAUCCAGGUCCGGUUCCCGCAAAGCCUCCAGAUCGAGAUCAGGAUCGCACAGAUCGAGAUCGGGUUCAGUUAGGAAAGGUUCCAGAUCCAGGUCGCGUUCAGGAUCUCGUAAAGCAUCGAGAUCCAGGUCUAGAUCAAAAUCAGGCUCGCGUUCCAGAUCUGGUUCCAGGAAAGCCUCCAGAUCACGUUCAAGAUCCGGUUCGAGGUCCAGAUCUCGUAGUGGAUCAAGGAGAUCACGUUCGAACUCCAGGAGUCGUUCUCGAUCACGUUCAGGAUCGGCGAGAUCGCGAUCCGGUUCGAGAUCCAAAUCACGCUCAAGAUCCAGAUCCAGGAGCAAAUCCGGUUCCAGGUCGAGAUCUGGUUCACGCUCAAAGUCGCGUUCCAGAUCGAGAUCAAGAUCUGGCUCAAGAUCGGGAGAUGAAGCGAAAGUCGCCAAAAAGAGAAAAUUGAUUUCCGAUUCUGAAGAUGAGGGCGAUGCAGGGCCAAGUAAAGUGAAGAAGAUUCUUGCCAGUGACGAUGAGAAUGCGGAGAAUGAAGGCAACGAACAGAAAAGUGAUGAGGCCGCAGCCAAACCUCCCGAACAAGUUCUUCCUAAUGUCUCCGAUGAUUCAGACGACGGUAUAGAUCCCAACAGACAAGGAGGACACGAUGGUGUAUCGGAUUUCGAGGCGAUGCUGCAAAAGAAACGUGAGGAUCAGAAGAGACGCAAACGCAAGGAUAUUGAUAUUAUUAACGAUAACGACGACAUUAUUGCUCAACUCUUGAGCGAUAUGAGAAACGCAGCAGAGGAAGACAGAAGGUUGAAUCAGACGAGUCAACCUGCGACUAAGAAAAUUGGAAUGCUUCACAAGGUGAUGUCUCAAUUGAAGAAGCACGAUCUGCAAUUAGCAUUUAUAGAGCACAAUGUCCUUAGCAUAUUGACUGAUUGGUUAGCGCCAAUGCCAGAUAGAUCUAUGCCAUCUUUGCAAGUUCGCGAUGCCAUUUUGAAGUUGCUCUGGGAUUUCCCAAGGAUUGAUCAAUCGACUCUCAAACACUCUGGAAUCGGAAAAGCAGUGAUGUACUUGUAUAAACAUCCGAAGGAGUCUAAGGAAAACAAGGAGAGAGCAGGAAAACUCAUCAGUGAAUGGGCGAGACCCAUCUUCAAUUUAUCAGCUGACUUUAAGGCUAUGAGCAGAGAGGAGAGGCUGCAAAGGGACAUGGAGCAAAUGCCAAAAAGGAGGAGGGACAGUGAUGCCGGUCCUUCGGAGAGGGUGCGUGAUAAAGAUAUUGGUAAAGCUAUGGGCAGCGAGGAAGGCAAAACUCUUCGCCCAGGUGACAAAGGUUGGGUAGCUCGUGCCAGAGUACCCGUACCUUCUAAUAAAGACUACUGUGUUAGACCGAAAUGGCAAUCUGAAGUUGAUAUUAGCCGGUCUACCAAAAAAUCGAUGAAUCGUUUCGAGAGGCACUACAAGAACUUUGUAGAUACUAAGCGUGCGAAACAGAGUAAACGUGCCGUUGAAAUUUCCAUUGAGGGCAGGAACAUGGCCCUAUAAAGAGUUCAUUUACUACUACUGCAUAUUAUUAUCCAAUCGUUAUUUAUCAGUCGUCACACGUCAUUUCCAAUUGUUGGACUCGUUUUGGUCUUGUACAUCUCUAUACGAAAUUGAAUAAAUAUCAAUUAACAUAUAUUAAAAUAUAA